CCGGAAGUGUUCCCAUUUUGCGUCGUCGGGGCUCGGCGGCUGCCCGGCUCCAGGCGGACGAACCACUAUGGGGUCGUCAAAGAAGCACCGCGGAGAGAAAGAGGCGGCCGGGACUACGGCGGCGGCCGGCACCGGGGGCUCCACCGAGCAGCCGCCGCGGCAUAGGGAGCACAAAAAACACAAGCACCGGAGUGGCGGCGGCGGCAGCAGCGGCGGUGAACGACGGAAGCGGAGCCGGGAGCGUGGGGGCGAGCGCGGGAGCGGGCGGCGUGGGGCCGAAGCCGAGGCCCGCAGCAGUGCGCACGGGCGGGAGCGCAGCCAGGCCGAGCCCUCGGAGCGGCGCGUGAAGCGGGAGAAGCGCGAUGACGGCUACGAGGCCGCUGCCAGCUCCAAAACUAGCUCAGGAGAUGCCUCAUCACUUAGCAUCGAGGAGACCAAUAAACUCCGGGCGAAGUUGGGGCUGAAACCCUUGGAGGUCAAUGCUGUCAAGAAAGAGGCGGGCACCAAGGAGGAGCCCGUGGCAGCCGAUGUCAUCAACCCCAUGGCCUUGCGACAGCGAGAAGAGCUCCGGGAGAAGCUAGCAGCUGCCAAGGAGAAGCGCCUACUGAAUCAGAAGUUGGGGAAGAUAAAGACACUGGGGGAGGAUGACCCCUGGCUGGACGAUACUGCAGCCUGGAUCGAGAGGAGCAGACAGCUGCAGAAAGAGAAGGAUUUGGCAGAGAAGAGGGCAAAACUGCUGGAGGAGAUGGACCAAGAGUUUGGUGUCAGCACUCUGGUAGAAGAGGAGUUUGGGCAGAGGCGGCAGGAUCUGUACAGUGCCCGGGACCUGCAGGGCCUUACUGUGGAACAUGCCAUUGAUUCCUUUCGAGAAGGGGAGACUGUGAUCCUCACCCUCAAGGACAAAGGUGUGCUACAGGAAGAGGAGGAUGUGCUGGUGAACGUGAACCUGGUAGACAAGGAGCGGGCAGAGAAGAACGUGGAGCUGCGGAAGAAGAAGCCCGACUACCUGCCCUACGCAGAGGACGAGAGCAUUGACGACCUGGCCCAGCAAAAACCUCGCUCCAUCCUGGCCAAGUACGAUGAGGAGCUGGAAGGCGAGCGGCCGCACUCCUUCCGUCUGGAGCAGGGCGGCACUGCUGAUGGUCUGCGGGAGCGGGAGCUGGAAGAGAUCAGGGCCAAGCUGCGACUGCAGGCUCAGUCCCUGAGCUCGGCAGGGCCCCGGCUGGCCUCGGAGUACCUCACACCCGAGGAGAUGGUGACCUUUAAAAAGACUAAGCGGAGGGUGAAGAAAAUCCGCAAGAAGGAGAAGGAGGUGAUGGUACGGGCAGAUGACCUGCUGCCUCUGGGAGACCAGACUCAAGAUGGGGACUUUGGUUCCAGACUGAGGGGCCGGGGUCGGCGCCGAGUGCCCGAAGUGGAGGAGGUAGCCCCAGAGGACGAGGAGAAGGAGCCUGUGCCCCAGCUCCCGCAGUCAGAUGACACCCGUGUGGAGAACAUGGACAUCAGUGACGAGGAGGACAGUGGAGCGCUGCCAUCAGGGUCGCCAGAGGUGCUGGAGGAGGACGAAGCGGAGCUGGAGCUGCAGAAGCAGCUGGAGAAGGGGCGCCGGCUGCGGCAGCUGCAGCAGCUGCGGGACAGUGGGGAGAAGCUGCUCCCUCCCCAGGUGGUGGAGAUUGUGAAGAAGCUGGAGUCUCGCCAGCGGGGCUGGGAGGAGGAGGAGGAUCCUGAGCGGAAGGGGGCCAUCGUGUUCAACGCCACCUCGGAGUUCUGCCGCACCCUGGGGGAGAUCCCCACCUAUGGUCUAGCUGGCAACCGGGAGGAGCAGGAGGAACUCAUGGACUUUGAACGGGAUGAGGAGCGCUCCGCCAAUGGCGGCUCAGAAUCAGAUGGAGAGGAGAACAUUGGCUGGAGCACUGUCAACCUGGACGAGGAGAAGCAGCAGCAGGAUUUCUCCGCCUCCUCUACCACCAUUCUGGACGAGGAGCCCAUCGUGAACAGAGGACUUGCUGCCGCCCUGCUGCUCUGCCAGAACAAAGGGCUGCUGGAGACCACAGUGCAGAAGGUGGCCCGGGUGAAGGCCCCCAACAAGUCCCUGCCCUCAGCCGUGUAUUGCAUUGAGGACAAGAUGGCCAUCGAUGACAAGUACAGCCGGCGGGAGGAGUACCGAGGCUUCACCCAGGACUUCAAGGAGAAGGACGGCUACAAGCCUGAUGUAAAGAUCGAGUAUGUGGAUGAGACAGGCCGAAAACUCACACCUAAGGAGGCUUUCCGCCAGCUAUCCCACCGCUUCCAUGGGAAGGGCUCGGGCAAGAUGAAGACAGAGCGCCGGAUGAAGAAGCUGGAUGAGGAGGCGCUCCUGAAGAAGAUGAGCUCCAGUGACACGCCCCUGGGCACCGUGGCUUUGCUGCAGGAGAAGCAGAAGGCCCAGAAGACUCCAUACAUUGUGCUCAGCGGCAGCGGCAAAAGCAUGAACGCGAACACCAUCACCAAGUGAAGCUGGCUUCCCCCUGAGCCCCUCCCCAACUUUAAUGUUAAAUAAAGUUCCCUCCUUAUUUUUUC